AGAUUGUUUUCAUCGGGUCGGGUCGGGUUCGGGUUAGGUUUUCUUAACCCGUGUAGUGAACGGCUGGAGAAAUAGUUAAGUUCUCUUCGUAGACGAGUCACUGCAUCGUAACGGACUGACAUGUUUCCAGUGCCUGUUACACAUUUCUCAAAAACGAUAAGAGCUAGAAAGUUGAUGUUUGCGUCAUUUUGUUCGGCUUAAUGGAUAGCUCUCUAGAUAAAAGUAUUGCUAAAUUCGUCUUGUUCGUUGGCUUUUGGAGGCAAAAGUAGAUAUCAAAAGAAACGAUAAUUAUUGCCUGAUAAAAUUUUACGAGGGCGGCUAUUUUAUGAUAAGUUUCUGCAAAAAAUUUAGCUUUGGAAAAUUUAAGUAGAGGUACUACUUUAGUUUUACUAUUUAUUACAUUAUCCGGUAAAACUAAUAAGCGUUUGUUAUUUAUUACCGGUAAGAAGGUAAUAGAUCUUGUUGUUUUAUUUGUUAUUACUGUUUUCAAGUAAUCAUUUUUUAUUGCUUUUCUUCUUAUUAGUAACAUGUAAAGUAAUAAAAGAUUGUUACUUGAAAAAAGUGAUAAGCAAUAAGGUAAUAAAAUUUAUCACUUAUUUCCUAAUCAUAACUAAGAAGUUUUAUUACUUAUCACUUGAUAAAGAAGAGUAAAGUGACACCUCCAGCUUUAAGCCAUUCUUCUUCAGCAAAAAUAUCAUUCUAACUUAAUCUAAGGUCAUUCGCACCCGAAAGAACGAAUGAUAAUGUUCGCCAGUUAGAGACCGAGCACGAAAGUUUUCCUCAGAACGAAAUAGUUUAUUAGAAUAGUAAUUGUAGUAGUUGAUGGAUUUUUGUUUUACAACAGAUGACGAGUCUGAUCUGUAAUAUGCUGUAAUUUCAAAACACUUUUUACUGCCUCUAAUUUGUGUGCGUUUCCCAAAAAAUUGGUCCUACUAUGCUCAGCGUAGUCGAUUACCUAUAGUCCAUGGCAUUUUAAGAUUCCCGCUUGUGAAAAGUUCUGCUCAAGUCUUGGCUAUUGAACAGCGAAAAUCGCAGGUCUCUGUCUCAUUCCUAUCAAAAGUUAUUCAAAAAAUGCCCACGGGUCUUGUAUUUUGCGAUCGAUAAUAGUUUUAGGUGAAAAAUACAAGUGUAAAACGACAUUUCGAAUUUAAGAUAUUUGUGUGUCAGAUCGUGGACCAAUCUGUCGGCAGUAACUCUUAUAAAGCAAUUAUCUUCAGCUCGUUCUUUAUUACUAUUUAAUUAUCACAUAUAGCCAUCAUGAUAUUAGAUGUUCAAUUAACUGGUAAAGAUAUUAUUGAGUUGUUAGAAUCUUUGUUAAAUGAACACGCGCACGUAAUUAAAAUGGAUAGUAUAUGGACACCAUCAAACAACACAAUAGACUUUCUGGCUAAGGAAACAUUUUGGCAUGAUUUGAUCUGUCAUGGAAUACCAAACUAUGUCGCUACCAAAAAUCAUAUGAAUGCAUUUAAGGAAAUUGAAAUUAAAUGUAAUACAAACGAAGUAUUCGAAGUAAUUGAAUCAACAUUCAUAGCGGGAAAAACACAUAUAGAUCAAAAAGAAAUAUUGAAAUAUUUGAAAGAUUUUUAUGAAAAACAUUCAACGAAAUAUCGUAUGGCACUGAUAUGUACAUGCUUAAAAAAGGAACAAGUCAUUCUUGAAUACGAACAACCAGAAAAUGAAAUUAUGCUUUUAAAAUUAACAUGCAGUAUUGAAUAA